AUGAGAGAUCUUCCAGACAAGUUAAACCCUUGGAGUGACGUCCAGCUUCCUGUUGACAUUCUUUUGUUGACAGUAGAAGACUGCGAGUUUUUAGCCUGUUAUGCUUUCUUGAAAAAUUCUUUUAAAAGUUAUGACCAGAAUCUGGGAUUCGUGUACUUUGGGACCAUGGGUGAAACUGGAGAAGAGGCACUGAAAGUUGCUUUAAUGAAAUGUUAUAAAGGUUCUUCUGGUCCAGGUGGCUCUCAAAAUGUUAUUAAAAAUGCCGUGAUGCAACUGAGACCCAAGGCUGCUUUUUUGGUUGGCAGCUGCCAGGGUAUAAACCCAGAACACACCAAACGAGGAGAUGUAGUGGUAUCCUCUAAACUUUCAACUGAACAAUUCGCAACUCCAGUAAGAAGAAAUAUUGGCAACCUUAUCUUGUUUUCAGCUGGAGGCUGGAAUCCACCAUUAAAAGAUCCAGUGGGUGAAAAAACAGUACAGGUACACCGUGACAGUGACAUAUUCAGUGGUAGUCCAUUUAUCACCAAACAACGCCAUAUGUCUCAAUCUCGCGUGAUUGCAGUUGAAACAGAAGGGGAAGGUAAGAUUAUAUACAUAUUUUACUAUUACAACAAUUUGAUGUAGCAUUUAAUUUGAGGUCUAGAGCAGAACUCUAAAUAAAUUGUCCUUUUCGACAACUGAGCUUAUAUGACCAUGGAAAAUCACAGUACUUUAUUGGUUUGUUGACUACGGUUGGCAAUUUUGUCAGAUCAAUUAUAGGGUGCAAACAAGUCUCUUAUGGUAUUAAUAAUUCAUACAUCAACCAAUAUGUGUUUACAUUAAAAUAUUUUGGAGAAGUACUAGUUCACAAGUUAAAUAUUUUGCAAGGGAACAUAAAUUAAGCUUAUUAAAACAAUAAAAUUUAGUCAUUACACUGUAGAGAAAAAUUUACAGUUUUGCUAGAUUCUUUCAUGUUGACAAAAAGGAUUGGAUCGACAAAGCUUUUAAUUAAGAGCCAAUUAGGCUGCAAAGAAUCAUCUUUUAUUGGUCUGUUUUUCUACUACUUACAGGACUGUUUGCUGCAGCUCAUGAUAUGAACAUUGAAUGGGUGAUUGUUAAAGGGAUAUCACAUUUUUCUGAUGAUAGCAACACUUCUGAUGACUCCUGGAAGUCAUUUGCUUCCAUCAUGGCAGCUUCUGUUAUGUCCAACAUGUUAAAUAAUCCAGUUAUUUUUAAAGAAUGGCCUCACUAUGAAGGUAAAUUGUGACAUCCCUGUUCUAAUGAGUGAUAAUGAAUAAAUUAUUAAUAGUGAUGAAUUUUCUGUUCAGAUAAUUAUUUUUAUGUCAGCUGGUUCAAUAUUAUCCUUGAAAAUGACGGCCUGCAAAUAUCAGUAGAUGGAGUGUGUGACUUUCCACCAAAAGCAUACUGCAUAAGUUUUGUUGAGUUCAUUAAAUAACGAGAAUAAACACCUCCUAUCUAUUAAAUGCCCCUAAUGGUUCAAGUUUUUCUCUGUUUGAAACUCAAAUACAUACAUUAAUAUUAAAAUACCAAAUAACAAAGGCCAAAAGUAAAAUUUGUUUUGAGGUGUUUUCAAAUUUAUAACACUUUUUUUCUUCACAGACUUGACAGCAAAGAAUCAGCCAGGCAAACAGAUGCCAGGUACUAUUCCAUCAAUGUAAUAACACUAUAAAUCCAGGAGUUUUUCCAGAUUAAAUGAUUGAACACUGGUUUCACUAAUAUAAACAUUAAUAUCUUUUAAUGUUCUUUGUCACAUCUGAGCCCUCUUGCACUUUUUUUAUUUACAAAUAAUAUGGCAAUAAGACAGGUCUUUGCCAAGAGAGCAGUCUCUUUUUGUCUGAUAUUUAAUCCCUUCCCCCCCCCACCCCUCAAAAAAAAAUUUGCUGACAAAUGCCGUUUGAAAAAGGCCGCUUUAGGGUCAGUAUCUGGCCAAAAAGAACCAAAACUGCCCAAAAUACUGUAUUUCCUCGAAUAACAGCCGGGGCAAUUAUUUCUUUUUUUGCCUCAAAAGGGGGUUAUUAUUCGAGGGAGGCGAUUAUUUCAAAUAUUGCUCACUGGAAGUCGUCCCCUAAAUAUUUUGUUUUAUUAUCCCAUUAAAACAAAAAAUUAUCACAUCCAAAUAAACUGAAUAUGACCGGCUUUUUAAGUGUUCCAAAUUUGGUUCAUUGAUUGUAAUUUUCAGAGCUUGAAUCAUCACUGAUCAGUUUUGCUGGAUCACUGAUUCCACUUCAACUUGACAGGAAGGGGAUAAAAGAAAGUGAAGAUGGGAAGAGGGGUGGGGAGGGGGGUGAUUAUUCCAGGGAGGUGUUUUUUUUAAAUAUUUCCAUCAAAGGGGGGCGAUUAUUCGAGGGACAGCUAUUAUUCAAGGAUAUAUGGUACUUUAAAUUGAACACCAUGCUGCCUUUGGUUCCUUAUGCUAAUAAAUGUCAGUUUUGUUUUGAAAAGUGACACAAACCACUCAACUUUUCCCUUUUCGCUUCCUUGCCCCAUGUUUUCCCUUAAUGUUGGACAUAAACUAAGGCUUCAUUUUGGUGAGACAGACAUUGUUUUAAGUGAAACAAGAUUCCCUUAUCUUCUCGAAAACCUUCUCGACUUUGUUUCAGUUGUCUUUGAGUUAUGUGUAAAGGCCUCUAUUAAUUUAGGAAUUGCCCAGUUUAAUUGAAAGUGAUGUGAGGAAGGGGGUCCACUCCCAAACUUUCCGCUGGUAUAGUAUAUUCUAUUGUCAUCCACCAAACCCCACUAAAAAGAUUAUAAAAGGAACGAUCACUAAGACUUGCUUGCUGAUUGAAAUCCACUGGACAAUAUCAAAUGAUCACUGGGUCAUUCCUGGUGCUGUUUCCUUUCAUUAAUUUGUACUAUUUUAUUCAUGAUAUUUCUGCAAAUUAACUGUCCACCCCUCUUGUAAAAAAAUAUAUAGUUAUUAAAAAAUUCUUCUUGGAAAUGAUAAAAAAUUCUUGAUAAUAGAUUCUGUAUGCCUUGAGGANGAGACAGACAUUGUUUUAAGUGAAACAAGAUUCCCUUAUCUUCUCGAAAACCUUCUCGACUUUGUUUCAGUUGUCUUUGAGUUAUGUGUAAAGGCCUCUAUUAAUUUAGGAAUUGCCCAGUUUAAUUGAAAGUGAUGUGAGGAAGGGGGUCCACUCCCAAACUUUCCGCUGGUAUAGUAUAUUCUAUUGUCAUCCACCAAACCCCACUAAAAAGAUUAUAAAAGGAACGAUCACUAAGACUUGCUUGCUGAUUGAAAUCCACUGGACAAUAUCAAAUGAUCACUGGGUCAUUCCUGGUGCUGUUUCCUUUCAUUAAUUUGUACUAUUUUAUUCAUGAUAUUUCUGCAAAUUAACUGUCCACCCCUCUUGUAAAAAAAUAUAUAGUUAUUAAAAAAUUCUUCUUGGAAAUGAUAAAAAAUUCUUGAUAAUAGAUUCUGUAUGCCUUGAGGAGUGCCAGAAACAGCUGCAAUCACUUUAUGAAACCAGUAGUAAAGUCAGAAUCAUUCCAUGGGACCAGAACUCUGCUGUUGAUAUUGACAAGGUCUACACAGACUUGUCUUGGGUCAUGGAUGACAGGACACCCAGGGGAGUGAUACAAGAAGAGCUUGACCACUACACUGAGAUUUUUGCUCACAGAGAACCUCGUCGUGCACCCAAGCGAAUUUUGGUUUAUGGACAACCAGGUAAGUGAGCUAAUGAAGUAAAAAAUUUAAUUGUCUUAAUUUAACUCACAGAGGAUAAAAGUACAUGCAAAAGUCACAUACAAUAACAGUAACACAGAAACCAUUGGUCCACUUGCAUUAAGUUAAUCGACACAAGGUGUUAGCAAAUGCAUUGUAUCAGCUAGUGAUGUGCGGGUUUCUUGAGUGUUUUGCUGACAUAUUGUACAUUCCAAGUGGGGUAGAUUGUUACCAUGCAUGCUGUCAAACCAAAUGAAAUGUUUGGUCUGUUGCUGUUAUAAAUAAAAUAAAAGUUAAAAAACAAAGUUUUUCUGUUAAUCAGUCUGAUAAUAAACAAUAUAUUUAUUGGCUUUACAGCAAUCAUGACAUACACUCUAGGCUCCAAUAGUGUCGUAAUAAUGGUUAAAAUAUUGUGACUCAAUUUUAUCUAAAAUUCAAGUUUAUUAUAUAGAUACUGAUGAAAAACCAGGAUUUUUCCUUUUACUGAAAAAAUCAUAUCUUCAUCACCUGCAGUGAAGAUAUUAUUUUUAUCUUUCAUGUGUGAGGAUAUUGGUGUCGCCAUGGUUACUAACAUUAAUUUUGACUUUUUGGAACAUAAAGUAUAAGUAUUAUUGUCUUUAUUUCUCCUUUAUAACUUUAUAUCCGAGUUUCAUAACAUUUUUGUGACAGGCAUUUUGCAAUAGGUGAGCUCUUUAAUUGCACUAUAUUUUGCUGUUUCGAAAAUGAAUAAAAAAAAGGUUUUGUUUUAUGUAGGAAUUUCAUCAGUGUAAUAAUCUAUAACAUAAACAGAACAUUACAUGGCCACUGAGGAUACGAUAUUUCGCUCACUCGUGGGAGAUACUUUCAGCACUCGAAGACAAAAUUCGUAUCCCCGCAUGGCCAUGUAAUAUCCUCUAUUUAUUUAAUGCCGAGGGCUAAAAGAAUAAAACUAAAACGAAAUCUUCCAAGGAUAAAAUCGCACCAAAUUAAAGCUUCGCCACAAUCGACUGAUGACUGGCAGUUUGGCCCAGUUGGUUGAAGGCUGAUCAGCGGUUGCAACCUGGGCUUAAAUUUUAUCUGAAGGAUCUGGAUCUGCACGGGGGGGUGACAACUCUAACAAAGGCUGUUUGGGCAGUCCUAUGAAUAACUUUAUGUCCUCCCAGAAAUUUCGUCGACCCUCCCGAAUUUUUCGGUGGCAUUCCCCAUAAAUGUUUAACUUCCCAAAAUUGUUUUAACAAUUAAAAUUAAAAUUUUGAUUAGAGAUUUUUGCAGCUUCUUGUUAAUCAUGUAACUUGUUAAUUAUCUAACCGUGGUUAUUUUUUCGUUUAGAGGGUAUCAUGUUAACACAGAAAGACUGUCAAACUUUUUAAGUAUAUAAAAUCGUGGUUUUUUUGUUUUUAAAUCACCGAUGAAUCAGGCGAGCAGUGAAGGGGCCAACCACUAGGGGGGUCUGGGGGCAUGGUCCCCCAGAAAAUUUUGAAAUCUUGGUGCUCUGAAACGCUAUUUCUAGUGUUCUGAGAGGACAAAUUCUGUUCAAAAUGUUCUCUAAAUCAAUUGUCCUUUUUAUGCUUAUUUUUAUUGGCGUGGCUUCACGUAGAAGUAGUCAAUUUUAUUUUAUACAAGUUGUACGGUUUUUGAAAUUGCUCUGGAUAUCACUUUCAGCUAAGUAUACUCUGUGUGGUGUCAUUGUCAUUGAAAAUUUCAGAACAACUGUCGAAAUCUGAAAUUUUCCUAUCCCAAACGCAUAUUGAUCGGGAUUCAGGACAGUUUUCGAGCAAAAUUGGAAGGACCCCGACGAGAUCAGGAUGAUUAAAGAGUCUUCACAGAAAUACUACUUUUUAUGGCCUCAUUUGUGUUUAACAAGGUUAAAUGAGUUUCGUUUUUUUCUUACAUACUUCUUACGUACUUCUUUCAAGUUUUCCAGUAUGCAAUCAGUGGAAUGCGCUCUUAAAACUCGUUAACGUGCAGCGUAAAAAUACCCCUGAACUAUCUGGUGUGAACUGAUAGUAUGUGCCUUGCACCGGUACAGUUCUUGUGUCAAUCCGCUGGGGAUUGCACGUGGUCAAUCGCACUUGAACUUCAUGCUAUGUUAAUUGGAAAUAUUGCUGAUUGGUCAUUUCAUAUCAUGGGAAGUUCAGCCGUUUUCAAGUGUCAAAAUACAUAGAAUACAGCGCAUACGCUGGGUGCAUAUCACUGUAUAUAUAUUGUUUGAUAGCAUGUAAUAUCAAAUCUUUGCUCAAUGUCCCGAAAAUAUCUCAUAUUUCCCGAAAAAUUUCCCAGGUUUCCCGAUUCCCGGCAAAAUCUCCAGAUUCCCGGAAUAAAUUUGUUUUUCUCCCGAAACAGCCCUUGUUAGAGCUGUCACCCCCCGUGAUCUGCCACUGUUAACCUGGGUUUCUUUUUGUUUUUAAUCAUCAAAAGCAUUUUCUUGGAGUUUUCUCUACUCUUUUUAGAUUAUCUAAUCAUCAAUUUUUAGACAAAAAGAAUUAAACUGAAAUUUGGGUUUUACCCUUUUAUAUCUGAAUUCAAAUUUUGCACUAACCCUGGGUUACCUUAACCCAGCCUUGAACAACUGGGCCCUAAAUAGUCUGGGUAUUUCACAGUUUUGCGAAGGAUUUAUUUCCAUUGUCUUUAUCAUGAAUAAUUUUGAAUAUUAAAUGAGAUACCAUUUUUGAUGAAUGUAACCCUAGUCUCUAAGCAAAGGUAAGAAUUCCAAAAUGCCCCCUUAAAGGCAGGGAAACAUCAAUUACCCAUAUCUUGCUCACUUUGCAUAUGAUAUAAAAAGUUUAAACAUAAUUCCGUUAAAAAAUUAAUAGAAUAAAUAAUUUCUCUUUAAGUUUUAUGAAAAUAAUCAAUGCACAUUUCAAUAUUUUAGAUUCCUCUUCACGUGACUUCACAUGAUAAAAGUAAAACAAAUCUUUUGACGACUUACUGACAGUUUGUUCAUAUUGUCACCUAGGUAUCGGCAAGACUGUUUUCACGAAGAAAGCAACUUUUGACUGGUCCCAGCAGAGAUAUUCAGAUACUUUAGGAGCAUUUGAUCUUGUUCUUCUGGUGAGAUUACGUGACGUUAGUAAUCUCCAAGAUGUUCCGUCCAUUCUGAGGGCUUGUGAAGUGCUGGAUAGUAAUGGUGCAAUUUCCGUACACAACCUGUAUGAUUACGUUUGUCGCCAUCAAGAAAAAGUCUUGCUUAUCUUGGACGGCUACGAUGAGUAUGUUUACAAUUCAAAAAACGAGUCGCCUGUGUUCAAAAUCUGGAAAAAAAGCCAAUUAAGAGAUUGUUGUGUUGUAAUUACUUCAAGGGAAAUGAAAGCUGAGACGUUGACAAAUUUUAGCGAUGCUCAAUUCAAAAUUGACGGCUUUAAUUAUCAGCGCCAAGAAGAGUUUGCUCGUAGAUUUUUGAAAGAUGAUAAAGAUAUUGAAGAGUUUUUUAUGUACUUAUGGCAGCACAACCUAAGUGAACUAGCACAAAUUCCCCUACUGCUCUUAAUGUUAUGCUUGCUCUGGACGAAAACAACACGCGAAGAACUACCAAAGGAACGCGCACACAUCUUCUCCCAGUUCAUGACGACCAUGUUUGAUCACAUGUGUGAAAAAAAGUCUGCUGAAUCGGUUUCUGCCAAAGAUUACUCAGAUGAAUUAUACGCAUUAGGACGCUUGGCCUUUGAAGCCCUUUUGCAAGGCCAGCUUUAUUUCCCUGUUAGUCAGUUACCUGCCGGCUACAGUUUGAUCGAGAGGCUGAUUGAAGUCGGUCUUUUUCAGGUUUUAAAUAUGGCGAGUUUGAAUCGUGAAAAAGGCGUGUACUUUAUUCACAAAUCCGUCCAAGAAUACCUGGCCGGGAAUUUCCUAAAAGAAGAGCUGACAUCUAGAAAGGCUGAAAGUACAAAUUCCCUUUUAAAGUUGGAAUCAGUUGAAAAGAUCCGAGAGAUGUUUGAAGUUUUACAAUUUGCUGCUCAGUUGUCAGAAGAAGCCGCGCGCGAGAUUGUGAUUCACCUUGGAAUGAAGAGCGGACUGAAAGAGUUCAAAUUUGAUAACGAAACACCGUCACAGUGGGACUUGUCAGAAGAACAAAGAGAUUUUAUUAAUCUUUGUAAUGUUUUUUUUUUCAACUUCUCAGCAGAGAUAAGAAAAAACCUCUUUCCUACAUUUCUUUCCUCUUUAGGAGGAGUUCUUGUAAUUGAUAAAGAGCAGCUAAAUAUUAUCGUACAGGAAAAAUUAGUUCAAACUACCGAAACACCCAACUACGUUUUUUUUAAUUAUAAAACGUAUACAGAGCAGGACUAUAGUAAUUUAAUCAUUUUAACACAACAAUUAAACGCAGUUAUUGUUAGCUCUGCAGGAGAAAAGAAAGCAUCAGAAAUUUUAAGCAACUUAACAUGGCGUAGGAUUGAUGAAUUUUUUUUAAAGAAAGAAGAAAACAAAGCUCACCUUUAUUUAGAUAAAAUUGAUAAAAAUGAACGUAGAAAGAUUCCUUUUCCUUGUGAUAUAAUAAAGGCGCUAAUAAGUAAACAAGAGACAACAAAGAAGACAAACAUGAAUGGUGAUGAGUCAAGUGAAGAGAGCAGCAGCAGCUGUUGUUCAAAGCGUCAUGGUCUCUCCAGGGUUUGGAGGAUUCAAGCUUAUGAUGUGAACAGGUCAGAAGUGGAACAGAUGAGUGAGAUCAUGCCGUUUGUUACCGCUCCACAAUGGAUAUAUGUUUGGGGUGAAGACGGUGAAAUGUUUGAUGCUGAGGUAACAGAGUCUCUGCUGAGGAGGAUCCCAACAACACACAAACUGAAGGAAUUAACACUCUGUGAUAUCAAUGUAACAUCAUCACCUGCUGUGGAGUUUAUCAACAAUUUAUUUGUAAAAGCACCAAACUUGGAGUGGCUCAGCAUGUCAUGGAAUCCUCUUCUGGGUGCAGGAGUAGACAGCUUGAUUAAACAUCUCAGCUGCGCUCCUCACCUGAAGGAACUGGGGCUUUUAGGAGUGAAGAUGACUCCACAGCAGGUGAUGGAUCUGACAUCAGCCAUCAAGCAGCACGGAAACAUCACUAGACUGCUGUCAUCCUACCACGUAAGUUUUCCAAUUUUAUCGCAAUUUGUUUCUUUAUUCUUUGUUUACAGUUUAUUUCUACUCAGCUCUUGCCUUUCACCAUUUUCCUUUCUUUGUCAUUUUUAUACUCGACAAAACACGAGAUUUACUUUUGAAAACAAAUAACAAACUUUAGCAGAUUCAAAGUAUCAUUUCAAAUUCAUUACUUUCAAUUGAUUAAACUAAAUCCAAAAAAAACGUUUCAACCGAGAACAAGUAAAUUAAUCUAAAGGUGUUUUCACUUUGCAAACUAAUGGAUCAGCGAGCAGAUAUGAAAUUUCUCUUCGAGUCUGGUUCAACUCGAUAUGAGCUCACUUAACAAACUUGUGAUAUAUGUAUUAACACAAAAAUUCCAUAGUAUUAAUUUCUCAAUCAAUUUUAAUUCAUUACUUUUCAUAAAAUGAUGAAUAACAAGCAUAAAAUCAAAAUAUGUUCAGUUCAUGUUCAAUUCAAACAAACAAAAUUUGCAAAAAUCAAGAGAAAAAAGGUUAACCACUUACAGUUUCACUUUUAUCGCUAACGUUUUCGUAAAGUUUCUUUGAGAGUCCAAAAAACGAAGAAGUCUUUUUAGAGCUGUCCUUUUGUUUGAAUGUCCCUUGCGUUUCGGUAAAUGCUUGUCCUCCCGUAAAUAACCUCACUGUUGCGUAGUUUUUGGAGAUAGCGUUCCACAAAAAAUAUAAUUCCUCUGAGACACUUUGGUUGAAAUUUAACACCAUACAUUUAAUCAUAGGUAAAGCACUCCUCUAUGGUACAAGCUGCCUAUUUUUGUCGAUUACUUGUUUUCCAGUUUUACGACGAACACAACAAAUCCUGCGUCACUUCGUGCCUUGUAUGAAUGAGUUGAAGUUCAUAAAUGUGGUUCCCUUUAGCUUGCACAAAUCCUUUGACAAAUUCCUGAGUACACAAGACGAAUUUUUCUCUUAACUGGCAUUUUACGGUGUUUUCUCAUUCUUUUUGUGUCCAUCUUGAGUAUUUUUGCGUUGAAAGUUUUCUUUGAUGAGCAAACUCAACUGAAGUGAAAAACAAACUACAAAAUCAACAAACUGUCAUUCAAAGUGGCGUGAGAGAAGGCUUGUGACGUGGCGACAGCUGAUUGGUUAUAUAACUAUCCACGUGGUAGAAUUUUCCCGCCUUUAGUUUGGCAGCGCAGCAAGCGUUUCUUCAGACGAGACGCAGGUUUUCUGCGCCUCCCCUCCCAACCCCCACUAAGGAAAAACCGAUCUGUGAGAAUUUUAUCAGACCAAGAGUUAAUAGAAGAAAGGGCUCCAAGGUUUCAAUAAUUCGCACAUUUUUAGAGUAUAUUAUUUGCUUUUGUUGUUUUGAAAGUCUUGCAUGCAAAUUUUAGGGAUUGAAAAGUAGAAUGUGGUCUUUAAGCUGCGAGCACCUUUAGAGGUGCGUCCAAGAAGUCAGAUGUAUUUUUGUUGGUUUUGUCGUUUCCCCCUCUUUUUCGUAUUUUUAACUCCUUUUUUCGACAGAACUUUAGUUCUUGAGGCCGUUGCUUUUUCUGUAUGUAGGUAAUUUCUAAUCACUAUUAAACGGCACAAAAAUUCGGAAAUUUGGGGUUGACAAGGAAAAAUCAGGAACUUCUCACGCAGCAACCUAAAGACUGGUUUACACUAGCGACGGAGUCGGAGUUGGAGUCGUAAGAUUGCUUAUGACCUAGUGAAAAUCAAAAAUCGGAGUCGUAAGCGCAGUAACCUGAGAUCAGGCUCUGUUUUCCUUUCGCUUUGAAAAUUACAUUCGGGCGGGCAAGGCGAUUUUUUUAGCGGUAGCCGUUAGAGAGAAUGCAUGAGAACCGCUAAAAUUGGGCCUGAUCUCAGGUUAUAAGAGGCGUCAUAAGCGCGCCGGAAUCGGAGUCAGAAGAAUUAGAACGUUUCCAUUUCUUCCGACUCCGCUUACGUUCCGCUUAUGAUCUAGUGAAAACCAGAUUGUCAGAAUCGAAAGCAGAAGCAGAAGGAUAAACUAAUCCCGAUGCACGUUCUCACGCUUUGUGAUUUGUUUGGUUCUUCCGCUUCUGCUUCCGACUCUGACAAUCUGGUUUUCACUAGAUCAUAAGCGGAACUUAAGCGGAAUCGAACGCUAUUUUCACUAGAUCAUAAGCUCUACGCUUUUGUUUACGACUCCGACUCCGACUCUGCCGCUAGUGAAAAGCAGCCUUAAUUUUUUGACACUCACAAGAAAGUGUUUUAGCGCAGCGGUACUCGCAAGACCAUUCAGGACGAAAUUACUGUUUAGGGCAUGCGGAUUUUUAAACUUUGAACUUAUAAAGGUCUCGGAACAGAUUGCAAAAUGACUAAAAUCUCUUGUUUAGUCCUAAAUAUAACUAAAUUAAAGAAGAAAAACGUCUUUAUCGCAGGCAGAAAUUUCUAUAGUACUACUUUGACUAUGUGUUUUAGAAGUGGCCUCUUUUCGGGGUGGAAAAUCAGCUUGAGCUUUACUCAGAUUGGUCCUAAAGUUCCAAGAGCGAUCAACAUGAAUUUUCUCUUAACAAUAUCAAAACAUUAUCAAAAGAAAAGGUUAGGAGAAGUUUUAAAAUAAUGAACAAAGGAGAAGUACUUUGAUCUUUUAUCAAGUUCUUUCAACUAAUUCUAUAAGGCAAUGUAUGGACACCAUAGUGGAGAAUUUGUAUUUGGAUAUUGGGGCCUAAAGGGUUAAGGGUAAAAUUUUAGUUGUCCGAUGAGCAUAUAUGACACGCCCCCUUCACAUAGUAGUCAACCCCUGGGGUUAUUUUUACCCUUUAAUUGCGUAUCACUUAAAGAAAGGUUUUAAAAUCUAGACUACAGUUUCGAUCUUUUAAACGUUGGUUUAAAGGUUGAAUGGUGCUAGUGUCAUUUUUUGAUUUGUUGUAGGAUUUUAAAGGGAAUCCCAAGCCUGAACGUGAAUGGCCAUCAGAAGGCUAUUGGAAUAUGUAUUACCCCAGUCUCUUUUCUCACGCAUCAAAUGAAUCACAGCCGCAAAGGCAACAGGUUGGUCAUCAACUUUGGCAAAAGAAAAUAGAGUAUAAUAUUUCCUGAGUUUGGUUAUUUCUUGGGAAAAAAAACUGAAAAAAAAACAUUGCGUUUAAAAAAAAGUAUGGUUUUUUCUUCAGCUUUUCAGGAGUUCACUUAUUAUAAACUGAAACUGAGGGAACAGGAAAUGUGUUUUGUAUCAUAGUAGUUUCAGGCUGUUUUUUUUUUCUAAUCGCGAUUUCUUAAAACUGAGACAAAUCAAAAUCGUGCAGUUGAAUAUAAGUCUUACUAAGAGUAAGAAGUUAUUUCUGUGGUCUUGGGCUCUUAGCUCACUUCUUUUAAGAAGUGAGUUAAGUCAUACCGAAACCGACGGUUCUCUUAUAAAGAUGGCUUUUAGUUGUGGAAGUUACUGUCCGAACAAUAUUGCAACGGACUGCAAUCCGUUUCGGAAACUUGGGCUCUGGUUUUGGAAACGACCUGAAGUUUGCUUCGUACGUUUUUUACCGUUCGGAAAGUCGAUUUAAUCGUGCACUUUGAAGAAACUUGCUGAUUUUCGUACGUGAAGUUUUAUACAAACCGAAAGAAAAUGUGGAUCUUUGAGAUUUUUAUUGACUGGCAAAUUUCACCGCUGUAGUGGAGCAUUUUUACGCAUUUUAAGCAAACAUGGAGCUUGAGGCUUGGAUCAAACCAGUCAACAGUAGACUGAGGUUCUUUCUUUGUAUAGUGUUAUUUUCAUUACUAACAGAAGCUGAGUUUCUUUUUGCUCAAUCAUCUUAAUUAUUGGCUAAUUAACUCUUAGCCGUUCAGAUAGUGGAAAGUGUCACUCUCCACUAUUAGAUCUGAAUGCCUGGAACAGGCUCAUCAACUAUUGUUUUCUUUUACCACUCACACAGUUUCCGGCAGCGACUUGCCUCGGUAUUCACGACUCACCAUUCUUCGCUCGCGAACAAGACACCGUGGGAACAUUUCCAGCGCCUCCUGAUCCUACUGGUGAGGUUUUUUGUCCCUUAGCCCUCCCCCUUCCCCCAUAGUUUCUUGCCUUGCUAAUCACAGAUGUAACAAAACCUAGGAGGAGAAAUCUGCUUGGAGACCAUGAGUGUGACACCUGUCGCGUUUACACUGUACCUUUAUGUAAACCUGUGGGAUUUAAUUUUAAUUUUUUUUUCUCUAGGAGCUCCCAUUCCUACGUCGCAUUUCUCCAGCCGCAGCCUGGCACCCUUCAGUGAACAUCCUCACCGUUACAGAGUGUUGGAAUCACCAUUGCUGUCAUGGCAACCGCGAAGUACAUUUCCAGGAUACCCAUAUCCCCGCAGUUCUGGCAUUUCUACAGUUGCUCUCCCUUCUGUUCACUCUGGGUAUCUUCCCGUGCGUGGAAUGCAGGAUCCGCCACAACAGAGAGUUCAGCCCCAAAAUACAAUGCCGUGUGAUUUAAAUCUCGAAGGUUCCGCAGUCACUUACCCGCAAGAAAUCCCGACAUUUGUUCCCCCACAUGGAAUGCAAGGAGCGCGUCUUCAUGGAUUGCAACCACAAAUUACGAUGUCAGAUGAUUCAUAUCUCAUUGGUCCUGGCGUAUCAACCCAUACCCAUUCGACAGUUAAUUUGGAAAGUCUCCUCCCUCAUGAAACGCUGAGAUCCCCGCAGUAUGGAUUUCAUUCGCAAAGUGCAAGUCCAAGUUAUCCGCAUCUUCAAUUUAGUGGUCCUGUUACGUCUUCCGUGAUACACACGCCAGUAAUCCCCGGAAACCGCAUGAGAGCCCCACUGCUGACAUCGCAGCCACAAAGUACAAGUUCAGGUGAUCCUUAUCUUAGUGGUCGUGUCACGCCUUCAGUCACGCACCCGCAAGUAAUCCCCGGAUAUUCCUACCCGUAUGGAAACCGCAUGAGAACCCAACUGCUGGCACCGCAACCGCAAAGUGCAAGUUCAGGUGGUCUACAUCUCAGUGGUCCUGUUACGUCUUCAGUCACGCACCCGGCAGUAAACCCCGGAUAUUCUUACCCGUACGGAAACGACAUGAGAGCCCCACUGCAGGCACCGCAGUCGCAAAGUGCAAGUCCAGGUGAUUCGUUUAUUAGUGGUCCCAUUACGGCUUCAGUCACGCACCUGCCAGUAAUUCCCGGUUUUCUUUCUCCGCACGGAAUACUAAGUUCGCCACUGCCUGGUAUGCAGGGAGGAAGUUCAGAAGUUCAACACGAACAAAAUCCUGCGACUGAAUCUGCUACUAGGCCCAGUCAAUAA